AUGCACCAGCUACAAAUCUUCAAGCAAGCCGCCGGGCUCUUUCUCCUUCUCUCGAUAUACAGCUUUCCAGGCGCCUUUGGAAACAAGAACCGCAAGGAUCUUUGCGGAGUCAGUAUGCACACCUCGAACAUUCCUGGCGUCGGCAACUUCUCAGCCAUCGACGCCACCUGGAGAGUCCCAGAAGUAGCCGUCCGCCCGGGCGACAAUCCAAACUCCAGUACAUGGCCGCAUGUCAAUCACGGUGUCGCCCUCUGUUGCGGCGACGACUGUUCGACCAAACUCUCGGCCGGUAUAUUCGUAUCCGCGCCGGAACCAGGCCAAAGAUAUAUGGCAACAGCCAUGUUCGAGCUCAGCCCGGUUUUUCUGUCAAUGCUUAUUUCGGAAUCGCAUCAUUUUUACCUCAACAGUUCGGACGUCAUCCGGACGCGUGCGGAAAUCCUAGGGCCACAUAAGGCUCAACUGACAUUCUCCAGGUUCGUAGACAACACCUCCAACGUCACCGUGACCGUCGACCUCGGACUCGCAACAAAGGAUGGCGAGACCAUCCUGAGUGUCGACACUCAUUCGGACGGACUAGACCUACACUACACACGAUCCUCGCACCGCAAUCACGAGCAGCUUGAGUUCUGCGGCGACUCGGCGUGGUGGUGGUUGUCGGACUACUCCACUGACGGAGAGAAGACGGGCAGUCAGGGGGCGCGCUCCCAGUUCGCGCCCGUGCUCGUUGCAGGACACGGACUGCAGACCACCGAGAAGAAGUUAUUUCCGGCUGACUUGCCGCUCAGCGGGAUGGCGCGGUUCUGGGACAUGGUGCAGGAUACGGCGGACGGGCCGGAGCUGCUGUGCAGUACUAAGGGGUUUGUGGACACGGGCAUGACCAUGUUUUACCCGCCUCACCCGUGGGGGGUGUGA